AUGGAUUUAAUUCGGUAUCAUAGUUUUGAAUUACUUGCCUGCACAAUUCUCAUCUCAUCACUGUUGGUGAUAGAUGGUAAACUGCCUGUAACUGUGGACCUGUGCUCGCCAAAUCCCUGCCAAAACCAGGCACUGUGUCGACUGCGCGGGGAUGGCUACUUGUGCUACUGUGUGCCAGGCUUCCAGGGUGCGCACUGUCAGAUUGAUGUGAAUGAAUGUGUUUCACAGCCCUGCAGGAACGGAGCCACCUGUAUGGACAGAGUUGGCAGGUAUUCCUGUCUGUGUCCUCCUGGAUUCACCGGGGCUACUUGCGAGAUCCAGAUUGAUGAGUGUCAAUCACAGCCGUGUCUCAAUGGCGGCAGUUGCCAUGACUAUGCUGGUGGCUUCACUUGCACCUGCCUGCUCGGUUUCCAAGGACACCAGUGCAAAAUCAACAUUGACGAGUGCCAAGAGCAGCCAUGCCAGAAUGGGGCUCUGUGUAUAGAUGGAGUGAAUGAAUACAGCUGCGACUGCUCCCACACAGCCUUCACUGGCAGACACUGUGAAACGCCAAAGCCACCAUGCCACUCUGAACCCUGCUUCAACAGCGCCAUCUGUAAGGACAAUCAGGGUAACUACAGCUGUGAAUGCUGGCCAGGGUUUGAGGGACGUCAGUGUGAGAUAGAUGUAAAUGAGUGUGCCAGCAGCCCCUGCAUGCAUGGAGGCCGCUGCAUUGAGAGGUCAUGGGAGUACCUGUAUGGCAGCGAGCCUCUGCUGCCUAAACACUAUAACCAUCAACGUGCAGCAGGCUUCAUCUGCAGCUGUCCUGUGAGGACAACAGGUUCCUUCUGCCAGGAGGUGAUAGACCAGUGUGACCCAAGUCCCUGUCAUAAUGGGGGUAGUUGUGAGAGCCAUGUUGAGGGCUACACUUGCCACUGCCUCACACAGAGUGACGAUGGUAUUGUCUAUGGAGGUAUACACUGCGACGUGAAGCUUGUGGGCUGUGAAGGCCACGAAUGCCAAAACCAAGGCUCCUGCUCCCCUUUCCUGUUGGAUGGGACUCACGGCUACACCUGCUCCUGUUCACCUGGGUACACUGGCCCCCUCUGCGAGACCCCUACCACAUUCUCCUUUGAACGCAGUGGCUACCUGCUGCUUCAGAGUCCACUUGUGGAUGAUGAGGUCUUUUGCAACAUCACCCUAAGCUUCAAGACUGUUGUGUCCAGGGCGGUGUUGUUCCAGCGGAACAGCAGAGGGCUGCUGCUGACCCUGGAGCUUACCGAAGGCCAGCUUCGCCUUACGCUGAGGAAGGAGGCUUCUGCUGAGGCUGAACCAGAUAGCCCAACCCAGACUCUGGAGCUUUUACGCAAUGUCACAGAUGGAGAGUGGCAUUCUGUGGAGGUUGUGCUCGGAAACUGGGUGCUCAGCCUGAAACUCUUGGACGAUGCUGGGAGCUGUGGGAGCCAGCCAUGUCACGAGGUUGCCCCAGUCCAAAGCACCCUGUUCGGGCUGGUGUCGCUUCCUCAGAGCACUUUUAUUGGUGGAGUGCUUAAGGACUCAAAUGGCCCCAGUGAGGACUCUCCACUUCCAGCAUUCAUUGGCUGCAUGCAGGAUGUGUUUGUGGACUGGCAACUUGUCGUCCCUCAGGAGUGGCUGAGCGACUCGGCUGUUAAUGUGUCCCCUGGUUGCAGCCAUAGGGACCGCUGCUUGGACGUGCCUUGCCAAAACGGAGGACAGUGUGUCAACCUGUGGCAGAGCUACCAGUGUCGGUGUCCAAGGCCUUACGAAGGGCCGGACUGUGAGGAGGAACAUGUGACUGCACGCUUUGGGAACGAGGACUCUCACAGCUAUGCUGCAUUCACUGUCACAGAUGAAUUGGGUCAUGAGUUCUCCAUCUCCCUCUUCCUGCGCACACGGAGGCACAAUGGACUGCUCCUGGUCUUUGCCAACAGCAGCAGCCAUUACCUGCACAUGUGGCUGGAGGAUGGCAAGGUCACAGUUCAGCUCAAUAACUUUGAGAGCCUGAAGGCGGAGAGUGCAAUUGAUGAUGGAGAAGUCCACUUUGUGAGUGUAGAGGUGGCAAAUGAGCGUAUGUCACUGUACGCAGCAGCUAAGAAACAGGGUGAUGUGGAGGUCACCGCAGUCAGUGUUCAAGCAGGAGAUACUGUCUAUGUUGGAGGCCUGCUGGAGAAUGGGGCAACUUCAGUCUUUGGUGGAUAUUUUAAAGGCUGUAUCCAGGACCUGAGGAUCAAUGACAUGAGGCUGCAGUUCUUCGGUUUGGACACCUCAGUGAGAUCGUGCCCUCUGAAGUUAAUGGAAAAUGUGACCUCUGGCUGCUCUGGUGACAACACCUGCAGUAGGAACCCAUGUCUAAACGGGGGAAUGUGUUACUCCAUGUGGGACGACUUCACCUGCACUUGCCCAGCCAGUACAGCAGGACGGCGCUGUGAAGAGGUCAGGUGGUGUGAGGUGUCACCUUGUCCCUCAGAUGCAGAGUGCAGGAUGCUGAGCGAGGGAUAUGAAUGUUACUCCAACGCAACUUUCCUGAAUGACAGCACUGUGUUGUCCUACCAGGGAAAUGGCCACAUAUUCCGCAAUCUAACUAAUCUUUCCCUAAACCUGCGCACACGGAGGCGUAAUGCAGCCAUCCUACAUGCAGAGAAGGACUCGGCCUUCAUCACGCUCUCUAUCCAAGAUGGUUUUCUCUUCAUGGAGCUUCAGAGCACCCCUAGAGACAUCAGAGAAGAGACUGAAGAAAAGCAGAAUGUGUCUACAGUCAGCCUGAGCAGCAGGAGGAGUGUCAGUGAUGGCGAAUGGCACAGCGUCCACCUGUUCAUGGCAGCGCCCUGGGCACAAAUUUCUCGGUGGACUCUGGUGCUGGAUGAAGAAAUAGAUGAAGUCAGCACCUCCAGGCACCAAGGGGGCAACUUGGAUUUUCUCAAACAAGGAGUGGACAUCUUCUUGGGGGGUCUGGCCCCGGAUGCCGGAUGGUCCCUGACUGGAUGCCUAAGCACAGUAGAGUUGGGAGGCAUUGCCCUGCCUUACUUCAGCUCCUCUGAUGUGAACCUCCCACGCCUGCAGGAGGAGCAGUUCAUUCAGACAUCAUGGCAUCUACCACUCCUCGGCUGCAGCGGGGCCCCCGUGUGUCAGCCGAACCCCUGCCUGAAUGGAGGGCAGUGCCAAGACCUCUUCAACUCCUACAACUGCAGCUGUACUGAGGGUUGGGCCGGUAGGCGCUGCAACUUCUUCACCGACACCUGCGCUUCUAAUCCCUGUGUUCACGGCAAUUGCAGCGUGAAUGGGCUGACCUACGAGUGCAACUGUGAGUUUGGCUACGCAGGUGUGGAUUGUGAAGAAGAGGUGGAUAUGUGCGAAAACCAUCUGUGUGCCCAUGGAGGUACCUGUCUGCACGGGCCAGACAGGUACGCCUGCCUCUGCCCUGAGAACUACACUGGACCCCUCUGCAAUGAACGCGUUGAAGAAAUUCCAUGGUACAUUGUUGUCAGAAAAGUAAGGCCCAAGCUACCUGUUUCUGUGUGUGGUGAUGACACCAGAAACUACACCUGCUUCAAUGGAGGUAACUGCACUGACCGAGAGCUAUCCUGUGACUGUCCACCUGGCUUCACUGGACACCGGUGUGAGCAGGAGGUGGAUGAGUGCAAAUCAAACCCCUGUCUAAAUGGAGGCUACUGCCGGAACCUCAUCAACAAAUUCAUCUGCGUGUGCGACAUGAGCUUCGCUGGGGACGUUUGCCAGACGGACAUGGAGCGUGCUCCAUACAGCUCGCGGGUGGCUGCCGUGCUGGCACCGUGUCUGGUUGGCUUGGCGAUAGUGGUGAUGCUGGCUCUAGCCCUGGCUGUAGCCAAACUGCGAGAGAGGCGGCAGACGGAGGGAGGUUUCAGUCCGAGGCAACUCGAGGCUCCUGGUGGUUGCUACCCACCUGCUGAGCUGGGAAACGCAUCCAUCAGCACUUUGGCAGCACGUGUGGAGCGCCUGGUGUAG